AUGCAUUAUGGUCUCGUGGUUUUGUGUUUAAUAUGCUUUAAAUCCUUAUUUGUAUUCCAUAUCGCUAGGAAUGUUUCGGUUUUCCAUCUAAUAAACGUAUUACAUUUUGCCUCAUUCCACUUUGGAUACUAUAAUGCAAAGCCAAAGUUUGCAAACUCUAUUAACUUAACAGGUCAAACCCUAUUCAUUCAUACAAAUAAGUCUUUGAGAAAGUUUAUUGGCUACUCUCAAGAUUUUUCUAUAUAUAGACGGUGUACAAAGCCGUUAUCUGGUAUAGCACUGGAUAAAAACGACACAGAAAAAACAUUGGAACCUUUUGAGGUUCUCAGAAUCGGUAUAAAGCUUUCAAAAUUGCACAAAAAAUGUAUGGAAUCACUUUACAAACGUGAUCCUCUAGGGUUGUUUAGACAUUUUUCGGAUUAUUUGGAAUCGAUUUUAGUUACAUGCUCAAAAUAUACGUCAGAAAAGAUUAUUGAUUUUGAACUAAAUGAUUCCCAGAUAUUUUCUUCGGAUAAAGGUACCACAGGGGAUGAUUGUGAGACAAGUUGGCUGGCUAAUUAUGUGCUAAAUUAUCUUCGUCACAAAAUAAAAGUUAAUGAAUCAUCUAAUGAUCCAUCAACUCAAGAUACUUUUGAAAAUGUCUCCUCUAAAUCAAAAUUCUUGGCCAGUUGGAAAAGGGCUCCAAAGUGGUCCUCAGAAAGAAAUCUACAAGAUACUAUCUCUAUACAUAUUCAACACUGCCCUUAUUUAAUUGGAGAUUUGAUCAAAUAUUCACUUGUAUCUAAAGUUAACUUAUAUUUACGAGAAAUGCUCUCCAAGACUGAUGCAUUGGGAAUAAUUCCAUCACUGUCACUCAUCCAUGAUUUUCCAAGAUUUUACUUAACUCACCAUGGUUACAAGGAAGCUCUCAAUUACAUUGAAAAAAAUUUAUUGUCUGAGAAAAAUGUGGGCAAAGCAUAUCUUCCUAUAAUUAUAGAUUUAGAAAAGACCAAGGAUGUAUACACCUUGAUGAAAGUAUAUGAACAUAUGACAGAUGUUUCAACGGCUAAAAUUUCAUGGUUCCUUAUAACUAGGCUUAUUUUAACGAUAAAAGAGUAUACGAAAAGUCAAUUAUCUAGUGCAUCCCCCGAAGAUGUUUCCGCUAUCUAUUCAAACAUGAGGGAACAGCUCAAGGCUGUAUUAAAACUAUAUAAAGACCAUAAAUUUUCUCAUUUUAUACCAUAUGGUCUUGCUCGUACAAUUUGUGACGAAUUUAAUAAGGUGAUACCUGGAUUGUUCCAUAUUUCAAACGUUUAUUCAGAGGGAAAUAAUUCCAAUGAUAUGCAUACAACACACGGUAUUUGUGAUGUGUGUACAUCUAAGAUUCCUUUGGUGAGAUUAACUGAUAAGGAGCGUUUGCUAAUAUUUGAUAAGUGGCUAGGAAGUAUAUACAGCUCCAACAAGCUCGAAAUAUUGGGACUGGCAGAGUUUUACAAAGUACUUUAUGAGGCUAUUGAGGCAAACGAUCCAUAUACAUGCGUUUUAGAUGGACAAAAUAUAGGGUUUAGCAAUGGUGGAACUUUGUUAGGACUUAACCCAUAUCUGGUAGAAACUGCAAGACUUGAAAUGUUAUCUCGUGGAGAAAAACCCCUUCUAGUUUUUCCAGCAUUUAAAGAAAUCUAUGAAGAACGGGACGAUAUACAGUUAUCUAUGUUAUCUUUCUUUUUCAAAAAUCCAGAAGAAUUUUCAUCCUUGAGAAUGAUACCUCAAGUUUCCAAAAACUAUCUAACUUUUAAUCUAAAGUGGUCUAAGAUAUUCAAACAAUGGCAUGUUGCAGAUUAUGUUUAUACUUGUAGUCCUAUGGGUUAUGAUGAUGACUAUCUGUUUAUGGCAGGGAUAAUGACAGGUUCGGAUGAAGAGUUUGCUUUGAUUGCAAAAUAUCUUCGUGAUACUCUCAAUGUUUAUUCUAAUAAUCUGAAUUCUGAUAUCAUUUUGAGACAACCUGAACAUUUACCAAAUAUUUCAGAUCGGCAUACAAAUGUUACUAUACUUACUAAUGAUACUUUAUCUAAUUUGUCAAUUCCAGGAAUUUCCAAGGAUAUUCUAAUUAAGUGGAAAAAAACAUGUUUAAGACCCUACACUUUUUCUAGCAAACAUAGUAAUGCAGCACUGGGGAAUUUUAACAAAGACUUUCCAAAGUCCCGCGCAGUUAUUUCAAGUCGUCAGCAUUAUUCACUUGAGAUAAAUACAUGUCCAGACUAUGAGAAUUGGCAUAUACCACUUGGACUUUAUCAAGCCAUUGAGGGAAGAAAUAGGCUUUUUGAGUGUAAGCUCAUAGAACCUGAUGAUUCUAAAAUCCAGGUUAUCCUGAAAGAAUCACAAGAGGAUAUAAAUAUCGCAAAAAAUUGGUUAAAAACAUAUGGAUAUGCUGAUUACUCAGAUAAUUAUACUACUACUACUACUACUACUACAAAUGUCUCUAGCCAAACCGAAUUUAUAUUUUAUACACAUGAACCAGAAGUAGCUUACCAAAGGUUUACAGAAUCACAAAAAACUUGCUGGUUAUGCAUAAAUUUGGAAGCUGUUAGUCAAUGUGUUUCCAACUAG